CGGCGGUACUCGCGGUGGAGCUCAGGACCCGUUGCCAUGUCGCGGUACAGCAGCCAGUCGCUGCAGCGGAUGCCGACCCUCCGCACGGUGCCGCGGUCCUUCACCAACAACACCAUGCUGCUGCCGGAGGAGCCGCGGGUAGAAGUGGAUGCGCAGGGCCGGGCGGUGCGGAACCAGGAGAAAGAAGAUAUCAAAGGGCUGAACAACCGCUUCUCGGAGCUGAUCGGACAGGUUCGGAGGCUGGAGCAGGAGAACCAGGUGUUGCAGACCCGCUGGGAGCUCCUGCAGCAGGGGGACACCUACAAGUCCAAUGCCGACAAGAUCGUGAACCUCUUCUGCAGCAAACUGAAACAGCAGCUGUCUGACCUGGAGAGGGAGAGAGACCGGCUGAAGAUGCAGAUCACACAGACGCAGCGCAUGGUCGAUGAAUUCAAGCAGAAGUACGAGGACGAGAUUAACACCCGCACAACAUUGGAGAAUGAGUUUGUGAUUCUCAAGAAGGAAGUGGAUGAGUCUUACUUCCAAAAGGUGGAGCUAGAAUCCAAGCUGGAAUACCUCACCAACCUGAUCGAGUUCCUGAAGCUGCUGUAUGCCGAGGAGAUCCAGGAGCUUCAGUCUCAGAUCCAGUCCACGGCCGUCACCUUAACAGUGAAAAACAAUCGGCAGCUGGACAUGCGGAACGUAAUCGAGGACAUGAAACGGCAGCACGCGGACAUCACCGCCAGGAACAAGGCCGAAGCUGAGGCCUGGUACCAGAAUAUGUUACAGGACCUGGAGAAUGACAAAGCCAGACAGAACGAUGACCUGCGCAACACCAAGAACGAGGCUGCUGAACUCAACCGGGUGCUGCAGAGGUUGAAGUCGGACAUUGACGGGCUUCAGAACCAGAGAGCAUCUCUGGAGUCGAACGUUGUGGAGGUGGAGGACCGGGGUCAGAUGGCCAUCAAGGAUGCCAAGAACCACAUCAACGACCUGCAGGAAGCCCUGCGCAAGGUGAAGACUGACCUGGCGGAUCAGGCGCGCGAGCACCAGGAGCUGCUGAACGCCACCAUGGCGCUGGACAUGGAGAUCGCCACCUACCGAAAACUCCUGGACGGAGAGGAGGAGAGGGAUGGCAUUCCAACCAGUGGGACUGUCCGGAUGGUCAACACAGUGGCUGGUCCCAGGACAAGCUCAACCAGAUCACAGCUUAGAAUCAAUUAAUGUCUCCUCGGAUACCAAAGAGGGCGUUGAAAGGGAUGGAACGAUCCCGCGGCCUGCACACACAUGGGAACACUGCCUCCUCGCCAACGGCAGACAGCUUGGCCUCAGCGAGACGGUCAUUGGAAUCCAACUUCAAGUCCAACACUGGGCCGUGUAGGAGAUGCUCCAGUAACUCUGCCCUCAGAACCAUGCUCAACACUCACUCUCCUGGCCUUUCAUGCGUUCUUUAACUUAGUCCUAAUCUGCUCAUCUCCAUCCCCAGCACCGCUUCCCCAGGCCCCCAUCCUCAUCUCCAAUUCCUCAUCCAACCCACACUCCCUCCUCCCUGUGUCCUCAACCACCUCUUACUUAUUUAGUUCCCCUUCACUCCAUUCCUCAGUCACCCCUCCCUCAGUCCCUCAUACUGUGGGACACUCCUUCAUCAGUCCCUCAUACUGUGGGACACCCCCUCCCUCCAUCCCUCAUUCUGUGGGACACACCCUCCCUCAGUCCCUCAUACUGUGGGACUCCCCCUCCCUCCAUCCCUCAAAUUGAGGUACUCUCCCUCCCUCAGUCCUCAAACUCUGGGACUUCCCCUUGCUCCAUCCCUCAUUCUGUGGGACACCACCUCCCUCAAACUGAGGGACUCCCUCUCCCUCAAACUGUGGAAUCCCCCUCCCUCAGUCCCUCAAACUGUGGGAUCCCUCUGGUCUCCCUCCCUCUGUCUAUCCCAUCCAGCACUACAAACUCAGCCAGCAGUUCCUCGGGCUCCACUCCCCUAGUCUCCCCUCCCUCCACUUUCCUUGCCUCACACCUCAGCCCUGGGUGUUCGAUGUUGCACAAGGCUCUUUGAUUGGUGCUUCUGUUGCUGGGACAACACACAUUUCUGUGGCUUUGGAUUGGAUGCUUCUGGUGAAAUGUUCUCUCCCUGACAGAGAAACGUAUUUAUCAUUGUGGGUAAUGGAUAAUAAAGAAUUUGAACAAA